AUGCUGAUUGGUUUAGAAGGUGUAGAAGUUGGUACCAAAGGAAAGCAGACAGUGUCAUACACUCAGCUCCUACACUCCACUAAUGCCCCGAGUGGGCACAGCUGGCACAGGCUCUGCAUCUCCACCCACGCCAGCCAUGGCUGGGCACCCCACUUCAGCGCCCGGGCCGGGCUGAACACAGGAAUUGAGUCAAGAGAGUCUGCUGAGUAUGACCCCAAUCUCCUUGAUGACCCACAAUGGCCCUGUGGACGACACAAACGGGUCCUUACUUUCCCCUCAUACACGUCCACAGUGAUAGAAUACAUGAAGCCGUCUGACCUGAAGAGAGACAUGAACAAGAUCUUUAAGGAGAAGUUUCCUCGUGUUCAGCUCACUCUCAGUAAAAUCAGGAGUUUGAAGAGGGAGAUCCGUAGACUGGCACAGGAGGACUGUGGGUAUGAGGAGCCCACCGUGGCCAUGGCUUUUGUCUACUUUGAGAAACUGGCACUGUGUGGCAAACUGGAUAAGUUUAACCGCAAACUUGGUGCCGGGGCCUGUAUUCUGCUGGCAGCCAAGAUUGGCAGUGACCUCAGGAGGCCAGAGAUCAAGCACCUGAUUGAUAAGCUAGAGGAGAGGUUUCGGCUGAAUCGGAGGGAACUCUUGGCCUUUGAAUUUCCAGUGCUAGUUGCAUUGGAGUUCAGACUACACCUGCCUGACCACGAACUUCUCCCUCAUUAUAGACGCCUCCUACAUCUGCCUGACCAUGAACUUCUCCCUCAUUAUAGACGCCUCCUACAUCUGCCCGACCAUGAACUUCUCCCUCAUUACAGACGCCUCCUAUACACUGUCUGA